GAUCAAUGAGCAAGUAGAUAUCGUUUAAAAGGAAUGAAAGAUCAAUCUUGGAGAUGGGUUUUGGGUUUGGUUUAUAUAAUUACUGUUGCAUCUAUAUGGAUUGCUGCUAGUUUUGUUGUUCAAUCCGUUGUCGAUGCCGGUGUUUCACCUUUUCUUGUUACAUAUCUCUGCAAUUCUUUAUUCGUAGUAUAUAUUCCCCUUAUUGAAAUUGUUCGUUUUCUACAAGAUAAAUAUGGGACCUUGUUGUUUUGGCGAAAUAAAAAAGAAUCAGAGGAGAAUAUUCUUCUUGAUGACGAUGCUGAAACAAGCAAAUUGGUUGUUGCUGAUGGGUGUGAACAAAUUAUUGAUCAAAAUGUUGAUAUGGGUCUGGAUGCUAAAGGGCGUUGGACACGCUCUAGAGUAGCAAAAGUUAGCUUGUUCAUAUGCCCUUUUUGGUUUCUAGCUCAGCUUACAUUUAAUCUAUCACUCAAAUAUACAACUGUUACGUCGAAUACCAUCUUAAGCAGUUCCUCCAGCUUGUUUACUUUUUUGGUGUCUCUUGUAUUCUUGGGAGAAGUUUUUACUUGGGUGAAGCUGUUCAGUGUUCUACUUUGUAUGGGAGGAACAAUUAUUGUGAGCUUGGGUGACUCAAAAUCAGGAUCUAGCAAAGUGGCUUCAAACCCCGUUCUUGGUGACAUUCUUUCUCUUGUCUCAGCUGCUAUGUAUGCUGUUUAUAUAACCCUCAUUCGUAAAAAGUUACCUGAUGAUGAUGGGAAAAGUGGUCAUGCCAGUAUGGCACAGUUUCUUGGAUAUUUGGGUUUAUUCAACAUGCUCAUAUUCUUACCCAUACCUCUUGUACUCAACUUUGCUAACCUUGAGCCAUUUAACACGCUCACUUGGAAGCAACUUGGCUUGAUAGUUGGUAAAGGUAUGUUUGAUAAUGUGCUGAGCGAUUUACUGUGGGCCAAGGCUAUUCUCUUGACCUCCACAACAGUAGCAACAGCAGGACUGACCAUUCAGGUUCCGUUAGCUGCAAUCGUGGAUUCACUGACAGGAAAUGCACCCCCCAUCAUGGAUUACAUUGGAGCUGCAGCUGUCAUGGUUGGUUUUGCAGGCAUUAACAUCCCUUCAGAUUCAUGUUCAGUACCAGAAGAAGCAAGCAUUGAACUAGAAAAUGGGAAAAUUCAAUCCACAGAACAGGAUCCCAGGUAGAUUAGAGAGCUCUUUUGCUCCACGGCGCCACACUAGUUCAGGUGUAUUUUUUGUUAAACUUACUCGAUGUAUUCUUCCCUGAGCAUGUUGUGACACCCAAAUUUUAGGUCGGUAUAGGCGUGUGCAGAGAACAAUUUGUAUACUUAAAAUGUGUAUAACACUUGACAUCGAUUGACUUGUAUUACAUCUUAUAUAUUAUUUUUGCAGCUGAAAGCUUUAAAAUACUCUUGUUUGUUUAAAACUGGAAAUAUACCUAAACGAAUCCUUUUGCUUUCCA